AUGGUUUUAUUACGUAAAAUAAAGAGAGGACGUCGUUCAAUUGUGUGGAAAUUUAAUGGUGACGCUCAAUAUAUCGACGGGCCACGUUUAGCAGUUGUAUGGCCAUGCAUCAAUCGAAUUCAACCAUUAUAUAUGCAUCAAGCUAAUGACAUGCAAUUUUUAGAAGUAAAUUAUCUUGAUGGAACAACAGAGGUCAAACCUGGCCCAGUAGCAUUAUCUGAUGAUCCAUUAAAAAUUUUAUCAAUUUUUACAAAAGAUCUGAUCAAGCUUGAUGCAAACGAAUUACUAGUCUUAUAUACACAAAAAGAAAAUGAAACAAAACAAGAUGCAUUAUCGGUUCGUAAUAUUAUUAAAGGUCCAACACUCUAUUGUCCAAAACCAAACGAAUGGAUUCACGAAUUUACUUGGCACGGCGAAGAUGGUGCACAUAAAACUCGUAUAAUACCUGGCGCAAAAGUAUUUCAAAAACUUCGUCUUAUUCCUGAUCAAUUCUAUUAUAAUAUAACUGAUGUGCGAACAUCCGAUGAUGCUUUAAUAACUGUUAAAUUAAUGGUAUUUUACGAAUUAUUCGAUGUUGAAACCAUGUUAAAUAAUACACAUGAUCCAAUAGCAGAUUUUAUCAAUGCUAUAUGUGCCGAUAUAAUUGCAUUUGCAUCUGUACGAAAAUAUGAAACAUUUCUUGAGAAUGCUAAUCAAUUAAAUCAAUUAGAAGCUUAUCCACAAUUGGUAACAAGAUCCGAAACAGUUGGAUAUAAAAUCAAUAAAGUUGUUUUUCGUGGUUAUCAAGCAUCGGAAAAACUUCAAUUAAUGAAUGAUAAUGCUAUUGAAAAGCGAACUAAAUUAAGAUUAGAAGAAGAAUCUGAACGUCAAUUACAAAUAUUGGAAGAUUUGAAAUUAGAAAAACGUUUCGAACGGUCACAAAAAGAACGAAAAAUGGAACUUGACCAAAUGUUACAUAAGCUUGACAUGACCAAACAACAACAUGCCAGUCAAUUGCAAAAUAGAGAAGCUGACAACCAAAUGCACCUACAACAUCAACAAUUAUUACAUGAUGAUGAAAUCAAAUUUUAUCAACGUUUGAAAGAGCUUGGCACAGAUAUUACACAAAUUAUGGUAGCACAACAACGAAACCCGGAUAAAUUAAUACAAAUUAUGAAUGAGAAAGACAAGAGAACAUCACCGAAUAUUCAAUUUGUAGAUAAUAUUUGA